UUAUAGUGGAGGAUAAGAGUUGUGCAGCUCGUGCGGUCCACUUUAAACAAUUUUAUCCGGAGUGUUUGCUGAUUGAUAAGAAAUUAAGAAAAACGGAAAGAUUUGAACAUCUUGCCAUAGGAAACAACAAAACUUGAUUCAAAAUACUAGGUGGAAAAAAACUGAAAGAAAACACCAGAAAAUACAAUAGGAUCACAGCUGUAGAAAUAACGAGUGAAUUAGGGAAAGACAGUUAGACAGCAUCAUGGAGCGCAAAAUCCCUGACUUUUCCGGUACCUGGAAAAUGAAGAGCUCAGAAAACUUCGAGGAGCUUCUGAAAGCACUGGGUGUGAGCAUGAUGCUUCGGAAGAUCGCCGUAGCAGCUGCAUCAAAGCCAUCAGUGGAGAUUACACAGGACGGUGAGACGCUGUCAAUCAAGACCUCCACCUCAGUUAGGACCACUCAUGUGACCUUUACCGUGGGACAGGAGUUUAGUGAGGCCACAGUGGAUGGACGGCCCUGCAAGAGCUUUCCUCGGUGGGAGACGGACAGCAAGAUUAGCUGUGAACAAACCUUACAAAAAGGAGAUGGCCCUAAGACUUCCUGGACUAGGGAAAUGACCAACGAUGGAGAAUUGAUCCUGACCAUGUCUGCAGAUGAUGUCGUGUGCAAAAGAGUUUACAUCAGAGAGUGAAAGAAAAAAAUAGCCAUAGCAGAAAAGUCAUAUUUUUUGGUUCCCCACUUCCCUGAAUAGCCCUGUUGAGGCAAAAUCUUCUUGGCAGAACCAGCAUGUGCCACAUUUUUUCUACGUGUUAACUUUAGACUACAUACUAAUCACUUUAACCUUAAUACAUGCAUUUGCUAAAUGUAUAUGACUGUAAGCAAUAUAAGAAACACAUUCCACUAAUAAGAAGUCCGUUUCCAGUAGGAUGUUACAUAUAGUUGUUGUCUAUACAUGUUGUCUGUCUGUCCAUGUUUGAAGUUUUGGAUUUAAAUAGAUACAGUUACCCUUUACGCUGGUUGAGUUUGCAUAUCACUUUUCUGGAGGAUUACCAAAGAAGGAUUCUGGGAGAUUGUCCAUGAUAUAGUACAUUAGGGUUUGAAAGGCAUGCAAAAAGUUCAGGACAAAGACUGAUUAAAAAAAUUGUCAAGACUGGACCUUUUGCUUUUUCUGUACUAAUAUGCACAGGAUAAUAUAAUUAUUUUUUUUUAUCAAAUGCCCAUUCUCAUACACUAGACAUGAUUGCUUAAUCCAGAGCACUUUUUACAAUUGGUGUCACUUCAAUUUUAAAUCCAAUCUCUAAUCCAAAAGCAGAGAUCCAAAUUUGCAUCGAUUCAGGUGACAUGGAAAUACCAAACCAGCAAGUUUAACGAGUAGUCAAGCUGAGGUUAUAAUAAUAAAAUUUGCUUGCGUCAAUCUCAAAAUGUUGUCCAAAGUUAUGAAGUCAGUUUAUCCUGUAAAGCCCUGACAGGAAUAAGCAUGUUUAGUGAACAUGCAGGAUUAUGGGAAAUUUUAGUGAAGAUGCUGUACUUCAUGACAUAUGUAGCUCUGAAAUUCUUUUCUUAAAAACAUGGUAUCUAAAUCUACAUACUGUUCUCCUGAUAGCCCCGUUUCCUCAGCAUCUCUUCUCUUUUUGUUUGUUAAGGCCUUGUAUAUACUUCAUUAAAAUAUUAUACUGUUGUACUUUUUAUUAUGUGUCUUUUAUAUAAAUGUGGUCAAUAGUGAUGAAGUUUAUAUGAGACCAGACAAUAAAAAGGUGAAAAUUC